AGUCAAACAUUGCUUCGAUGAAUUCAAUGCUUUCUCACAAUAUAUAGUUCCACUUUUGAGUAAAAGAAAACAAUAUAUAAUUCCAUUUUCGUGGAAACUCAAUUAGGGAAAGGGGAAUUAGCAGCUCCCAGGUAAACCCUAAAAGCUCUUCCCAAAUUUGGUUGAGAAGAAAUGGAGAAUUCAACUCAAGAAUCCCACCUGAGAUCCGAUAAUUCGGUAACCUACGAAUCAGCUUACACAGUUUAUGCCAUGGCCUUAUCUUCCACGCCUUCCUCCACCAAUAUCAACCAUCAACGCAUCGCUCUCGGCAGCUUCCUCGAAGAUUACACUAACAGAGUCGACAUAAUCUCAUUUGAUCCAGAAACCCUCUCCUUCAAGACCCACCCACAGCUUGCCUUCGACCACCCUUAUCCACCCACCAAGCUCAUGUUCCAACCCAAUCGAAAAUCCGCUUCAUCCUCUUCUUCUUCCGAUCUUCUUGCUUCAUCCGGCGAUUUCCUGCGUCUCUGGGAAGUUCGAGAAUCUUCCAUUGAACCUGUCACUGUUCUAAACAAUAGCAAAACCAGCGAAUUUUGUGCCCCGUUAACUUCCUUCGAUUGGAACGAUGUUGAACCCAGGAGAAUUGGGACUUCCAGCAUCGACACAACUUGCACCAUUUGGGACAUCGAGAAAUGCGUCGUUGAAACCCAAUUGAUCGCUCAUGAUAAAGAGGUUUACGACAUUGCUUGGGGUGAAGCUAGAGUUUUUGCUUCCGUUUCCGCUGAUGGGUCCGUUAGGAUUUUCGAUUUGAGAGACAAAGAACAUUCCACUAUCAUUUAUGAAAGUCCCCAACCCGACACCCCUUUAUUAAGAUUGGCUUGGAACAAGCAAGAUUUGAAGUAUAUGGCUACCAUUCAAAUGGAUAGCAAUAAAGUUGUGAUUUUGGAUAUAAGGUCACCCACAACCCCCGUUGCUGAGUUGGAGCGGCAUCACGCUAGUGUCAAUGCCAUUGCCUGGGCUCCUCAGAGUGGUAAGCAUAUUUGUUCCGCUGGGGAUGAUACCCAGGCUCUUAUUUGGGAGUUGCCUACAGUGGCGGGACCUAAUGGUAUCGAUCCUCUGUGUGUUUACUCUGCUGGCUACGAAAUUAAUCAAUUACAGUGGUCUGCUGCUCAACCUGAUUGGAUUGCCAUUGCCUUUUCCAACAAAAUGCAGCUUCUCAAAGUUUGAGGUUUUCAAACUGUAUUUUCCUGCUUGAAGUCUGGUCUUCUGUUUCAUAGACUGCUUAAGCUUGUAUUCCCCUUUGACUUGAUUUGUGGAAUCAGUUUUUGUUAAGCCUGUCAAUUCUGCCAUUACUUUGCACCAUUGAUGAAGUAAAUGUUCUUCCAAAAAUCUGUAUUGAAAUUCGUUUAGUUAAGUUUAUCAUCAUAUAGUAAACAUUACAUUCAAGAA